UAUAUGUAAGACUGAAGAUCAGAAUACCACCCGAGGAAAGCGGUACUCGGAGCAGUAAGUCAUAUCUCCUUGCGGCCGUGACGCAAGCAGGAGUCGGCUCUGCGUAGGGUGAUCGACUGGUCUCCGGGCUCGGGCAUCCGACAACGGGAGCUUCACCGGCGCCGCUUGUGCGUGUAACGCCGUGGCCCCGCCAGCACCUCUGCGGGAUACAAGCUAAUGCCCUGGUGCAGAUGCCUUACUCUAGCUCACUCAAGUUGUGGACAGAAAUUCGGAGUGUCUAGAAUGUGUUUCUAAAAGACGUCCUAUCCAUCCUUCACACAGUUCUGAAACCUCCUCUUCAGCCUUAGUCAGGAGUUCAGGCCAAACGUGUAUUCAAGAUGGCCAAUAUCGUCGAAACAAGCGUAAUCAUCGUAGGAGGAGGCGGCUGUGGGAUGACCCUCUCUUGCAUGCUCUCCAACUAUGGUGUUGAUCACUGUUUGUUUGAGCGCAGGUCCGGAACCUCCAAGCUGCCAAAGGCCCACUACCUGAAUCAAAGAGCCAUGGAGGCCCUUCGCCAGCAUGGCAUGGUGGACGAAAUCUUGGAGAAAGGAGCUCCUUCACGAAAUUUCAGCCGGGCGCUCUGGAGAACGUCACUUGGGGGUGAUGGUCCUCUUGAUCGAAGGACCAUCCACCAACUGAAUUCCUUCGGAGGUGAUGAUGGAUCCGCGACUUCACAACGUUAUCUCCGAGAUGCUCCGUUGCGGUCCAACAACCUGCCCCAAAUUCGGCUCGAACCCAUUCUGCUGCGCUUGGCUGAGGAAAGGAACCCUGGAAGGAUCCUCUUCUCUCACAACGUGACCAACUUCUGUCAGGACGAUGACGGUGUCACUGCGACCGUCACCAGUCCCGAUGGCACGGAGACCACAUACAAAGCCAAGUAUAUGGUAGCAGCUGACGGAGGCAAGACCAUAGGCCCAAAGAUCGGCGUGGUGUUGAACGGUCCGACCGAGAUUGCAGAUAUGGUAUCGACCCAUUUCAGCGCGGACUUGUCGAAGUAUUGGGACGACAAAUGGUUUGCUUGCCACUUCAUCAACGGCGAUGGAGGUACUGUUCUCGAGAGCGGUGCUGUCGUGCCAAUGGGCCCGACCUGGGGCAGGAAAUCUGAAGAAUGGGUGUGCCACUUCGGAUUCGAUGUGAAUGACAAGUCCCGUUAUGAUGAAAGUCGACUGGUCCCUAGGAUUCGGGAGCUGUUGAAGAUCCCGGACCUGGACAUGAAAGUUCACACCAUCAAUCAUUGGAUCAUCGAGCGCGUACUUGCGAACAAGUUCCGCGAAGGUCGUAUCUUUGUCGCCGGUGAUGCUGCGCAUCGCCACCCGCCCACCACAGGACUCGGUCUGAACACGGCCAUCGAAGAUGCCAACAACCUUUCGUGGAAGCUGAGUUGGGUAUUGAAACGCCUGGCUCCCCCUUCACUCUUGGAAAGUUACGAUAGUGAGCGAAGAGCCGUCGGCAAGAGAAACUGUGACUGGGGUCUUUUCACGUUCAUCAAUACUUCUGUGAUCAAUGCGACGAUUGGUCUGAUUAAAGGUGACAAAGAAGGCAAUAGAAAGAAAUUCGAAACCUUGUUCGAAGAUUCCGAGUGGGGCCGCACAUUCCUGGCCCAGACCAAAUUGAUUACCGAGUCACAAAAGAUCGAAUUCUCGGCUCAUGAUCUGGAACUUGGUUUCAGAUAUGAUCAUGGUUUUCACAUCCCUGAUGGCACCUCGCCACCAGAGAUCGAUCCGCUUGGACAAAAGUACAUCCCUGUCACUAGACCAGGACAUCGUCUUCCACAUGCCUGGCUUGAGGACCAAGCAGGGACUGUACUCUCAACCCACGAUCUAGUCGGCAGAAAUGGUGACCUUUUGGUCAUCACGGAUAGCUCUGGAGAACAAUGGAUUAGAGCAGCUCAGGAAGCUGCCCUAACCCACGGUAUAAAAGUACAUACUGCCCGCAUUGGUCAAAACUCACAGUACGUGGAUCGAGAUGACCACUGGGCAGCAGACAGAGGCAUUAAUUCUGGUGGUGCCGUUUUGGUACGUCCAGACAACUUUGUGUGCUGGCGCUCGAUCAAUCCAUCUGCAGAGAAUGGUGAAGAGCUUAAGACGGCGAUUUCAACGCUUCUCUCUGAGAAGCCUACCACCAAAGGACAGAUCAAUGGAGUCGCUGUCCCUAACGGCUCGAAUGGUGCACACGGCUGAACUUAUUGUACAUAGUGUACGGCACGUUUGAAGGUAUUUGGUAUCAGAUCUAGC